AUGGAUUCGAAGCUUGAGCGCUAUAAGAAAAAUCUUCGUCUAGAGCCGAGAAAAGAAACCGUUCAUUGGAGGCACUUACUCAAGAACCCAAGUCUGGUAGAAGGUGAACCAAAGCAUAGACAAUUUACGAAUACGGACAAUAUUUCAAAAGAUUCUAACAAAUAUCUCAAUAUCCGUGCUGAAAAAUUUCGUCAACCUAUACGAAACCUCGAGAGAUACACUCAAGCAGAGUUGCCACCCGGACAUACCCGAAGGCAAGAUUUUAUCCCUUUGCGAAAUUCUCGAGACAGAACUGAAGAUCGGGUAAACGGUGCACUCGUUGCAGGAAUCUUAUUGUCAAAAGAGAACAAGGGAGUCAGCCACUCUUUGUUACAUUAUGCGCAAGAGCAACGUCUCAAAUCUUUAGACAAACAAAAGUCAAUGAAUGAUAUAGUGAAUCAAGGUCAAAUUAAUGAAGAUAUUCUACGUCAGAAUAAACAUGAACUUGGAAGAGCAAAUAAAGAUGAACACGAUGAACGAAUUAGUAGAUUAAAUGAGGCUUACAAUCGAAGGAUGAGGCUUACGAUAGAAAGAAAGAAAGAAAGUCUUUUUGCCCCGUCGAGCUAUACAAACGCAAAAGCAUAUGCAGAUAAUGAUAUCCAUCUUUCCCUAAAUCACAACUUUGUUUUGCAAAAUCAGGAUGCAUUACGUAUGCUUUCUCUGGAUUUCCCUGCAACCAGCGAUCAUUGGACAAACUACGUUCCUAAUAGAAAUGAAAAUGAGCAUGACCCAGCAGACGCUCCACCAAAUGAUUCACAUAGAAUUUUGAAUAGGAAAAGCAAAGUUUCGAAAAUAUUUCGUCACGACUAUAUCCGUUCAGAAAUACCUCUCGGCCAUACCAGUCGGAAAGAGUUUAUUCCACUUUUAGAUCAACCCUUGAUUGCUGGCUUAGCCCUUCACAGGGAUAAGAAUAAAAGUGGAGUUAGCAAAGCAUUGAUGAAUCAUGCGUAUGAGCAUCGUUUGAAAUCACAAGAAAUACAAAGGCAAAUGGAUCACAUCAAAUCACAAGGCCAUAUUAAUGAAUUUCAGGCAAGUAUGGAUCUUCAUCAUCUGAAUAAAGAAACACAUCACAGAGUAGGUCGCACCAACCCUGAUUAUAAGCAACGAAGGCGACAACAGUAUGAGCGAAAGCGUGCAAGAGAACAAGCUUAUAUCCGCCACAUAAGAGAAGGCAAGAAACGUAAAUCCAAGGAACCAGACCAGGACAUACCUCCUUCACAAAGCAACAACUAA